CCGCCGGACUUAGCUCCGCCACCGAGCAGAAAAUCUACUUCGGGCUCAUCUUGAUGAUACAAAGAUUCACAUUAAACACCAAAGACAUCGCAAGGAAUAUGGUAAAGAGCUGUUGUAUUCACAUCACCGAGUUUUGUAAAAAUGUGGAUUGCACAUGUAGUCUGCUUACAAAUCAUCAUAACUGAGUACGUGGUAAAGAGAAUCCAGCUAUGCAGAAUCGGCCAGCCGAUUCUGAGCUUAGAAGCGGCUCGCGAGCCGCUUCUCAAAAAGCUACGAUUCUGGUGCGAUCCUUCGAAGCGCCCAAUUCCGCGUCGACCAGAAUCGGCGUCGCAGCGACACUCAGAAUCGGGCGAGAAUCGCCCACUCUGACCUCCCCUAAUAGGUCCGCUCCUUUUGAACGUGUACAUCAGUCCUUCAUGUCCACCAUAUCGUGGGUUCAAGAAACAGGAAGCCCUUCACUGCGCGAAGACCUCCAUGCAACGUAGCGUUCUUGCCAGGCUCAAAUGACGUGUAUAGUGUAUAGUGUAUACAUGUACCCAUAUUGCUGAACG